AGAAGAAAUGCAUAGAGGGGGCCGCUGCGCGGGGGUGAGGAAGGUCGGGUGCAGAUACUCUUGCUCCUUGCUGCCCGAGAAAUGUCUUUGCUUUCAGAAUAUGCCUUGCGCAUGACUCGGCUGAGUGCCCGGCUGUUUGGAGAAGUUGCCAGGCCCACUGACUCCAAGUCUAUGAAAGUGGUGAAACUGUUCAGUGAGCAGCCGCUGGCCAAGAGGAAGGAGACUUACGACUGGUAUCCCAAUCACAACACGUACUUUGCGCUCAUGGGGAUCCUCCGUUUUCAUGGCCUCUACAGAGAUGAGCACCAAGAUUUUAAGGAGGAGCAAGUACGUCUGAAGAAGCUGCGUGGGAAGGGGAAACCCAAGAAAGGAGAAGGGAAGAGAGCCACGAAGAAGAAGUAGUGCCGGCCUUGGAGAGAGAGCUGCUCAGGACAGAGAGGAAAGCGUGUGUCUGCGCAGAUGCCUCGUUCCCCUCGGAGCGUAGCUGGAGGAACACGCUCACCAUGCCCACGUCUGACCCAGGGAAGCACUCUGAUUCUGCAGAAUUACUCGUGUUGGUUUUAUAAUCUCAUGUUCACCUAACUGAUGAAAUGGAUAUAUAAAUUGC